CUCUAGAGAAAAGAAAGACUUUUCUCCGGGGCUUGCUUUACACUAUCUGAAUAGUGGAAGCACAAUGAACACUACUUAAGGGUUUUACUAGAAAUCAGAAGUUGCCUAGGAAGAAGUACGUUGGGCUUGAAGGAGUAGGAGCUCAAGGAGAGCCUGAGCACUGCUAACUGGUGAGCCUGGUGAGGACAGACAGCCUAGGGAUGAAUACCAUCGAGACAGCCAAGCUCGAGGAGCACAUGGAGGGCCAAAGCAAUGACAYGUCUAACGGCUACGCGCGACCUACUCUCUCUGUUAGUGAGGAGAGCAAAAAUGGCACCAGCAAACCAAAGGCUUUAUCCAAUGGCUUGCGGAAAAGCACCAAGAAGUAUCCUGACUACAUCCAGAUUGCUAUGCCUGCGGAAGCUCGGAACAAGUUUCCCCUGGAGUGGUGGAAGACAGGCAUUGCCUUUGUCUACGCUCUCUUCAACUUGAUUCUAACAACUGUCAUGAUCACUGUGGUCCACGAGAGAGUACCUCCAAAGGAGCUUAGCCCUCCCUUGCCUGACAAGUUCUUUGAUUAUAUUGAUCGUGUGAAUUGGGCUUUUUCUGUAUCAGAAAUAAAUGGGAUGAUACUAGUUGGAUUAUGGAUAUUCCAGUGGCUGUUUCUUAGAUACAAAUCAAUAGUGGGACGCAGAUUCUUUUUUAUAAUAGGAACUUUGUACCUGUACCGCUGCAUUACCAUGUAUGUUACCACCUUACCUGUGCCUGGGAUGCAUUUUCAGUGUGCACCAAAAUUGAAUGGAGAUUCUCAGGCAAAGGUGCAGAGGAUCCUGCGACUGAUUUCUGGUGGUGGCUUGUCCAUAACUGGAUCUCAUAUACUGUGUGGAGACUUCCUGUUCAGUGGUCACACUGUGAUACUAACGCUCAUCUACCUAUUCAUCAAAGAAUAUUCACCACGUCAUUUCUGGUGGUAUCACUUGAUCUGCUGGCUGAUGAGUGCUGCUGGCAUAAUUUGCAUCCUCGUUGCUCAUGAACACUACACUGUAGAUGUCAUCAUUGCCUACUACAUUACCACACGUCUCUUCUGGUGGUACCACUCAAUGGCUAAUGAAAAGACUUUAAAGGUCUCUUCGCAGACAAAUUUUCUAUCUCGAGCAUGGUGGUAUCCAAUAUUUUAUUUCUUUGAGAAGAACGUGCAAGGCUCAGUUCCUUGCAGCUUCUCCUGGCCGAUAUCCUGGCCUCCCAGCUGCUUCAAAUCUUCAUGCAAAAAGUAUUCACGGGUUCAGAAGACAGGAGAGGACAACGAGAAAUCUACCUGAAGAAAUGGAAGAAAGCGUCUGCUCUGUUUUUUACCAAAACACUAAUGCUGUAACCAAAGUUCUCAAGAGGACUACACUGUAACUGAAGAAGUGGACCAAACUUCUGUGCAAUUGGUUGGAAAGACAAUUGUAGACAAAUAUAUUGCCAUUUCAUAUGUUUUCCUAUCCAUCMCACUGUACAGGCCUAUUCUACUCUUCAGUGCUAAUAGAUUGCGCCGCUUGAUGGGAUUCUUUUCUUAAUGAAAAUGGAGCAGGACUUGGCUUUACAAGUGAGAUAGAGGUGCCAAAGAACACACCCCUUUCAUUGCUAACUGUCACUCAUUCACAAAAGCACCCCAAAAUCUUAUCUUCAGGGUUUCUGGAGUGUAAGGGCAAAAAUGUGUUAAAACUUAGGCACAAUGUCUGUGUGUUGAGAUGAACAGAAAAUAACACAAUGGUGGGAAAUGUUUUGUUGCAUUAUUCUUGCUAAUGAAGGUAAGACCUUGCAUCACUGGUACAGCUGGAAGCGAGUCUUGAAUUUUUUACACUCUAUGGGAAUGAAUAUCCUAUGACCCUAAAAUACUACCACUACCACCAUCUCCCAUGUAUUCUACUAUAUACCAAUUUUUACAUUUUUAUUUUAUAUUUAAACUGUUGUGCUACCUGGUGACUUUGAAAAUUAGGAAAAGCUGCUAAUAAUGAGAGCUCAAGGGGCCUACAAUUUUAUUUUUAAAAAGAUACUAUUUCAAAGUCUCAAUCUUUAACUGCAGUUUGGGCUUGUGUAUAGCUAUACAGUGCCUAUCGGUGUGUAUACAUGUAAGCACACACAUAUAUUGCUGUGUAGUUAAACACAUUAAAACUACUUAACUGAAAGGAGUGUUUAGACUGUUCUUAAUUCAGGCAAGAGUCCUAUAGAUUUCACCUCCUUAAGGAAUGCAAGGCCCAGUCCUACAUGGGGCUAUAUUUUUUCUUUUAACUUUCAUAACUAUCUCUUGCUGAAACUGUUUAAAGUGUGCUUGGGGUCCAUGUUUCUGU